UCCUCUUGUGCGCCGAUCUGCUGGAUUUGGCCGUAGGUUAUCUGACUGUGACCAUCGAACAGCACCCCCCUGUGGUCGUGGGAGAGACGGCCACGCUUAAGUGCAACUUCAAGACCGACGGCCGGUUGAGGGAGAUUGUAUGGUUUCGGCGCCCCCUCACUCCAUCUCCAUGAUGGCAGCAGAAACCCCGGCGCCAUUCAGCCGCUACCAGGUGCAGAACUUCACCUUGGUGUGCAACGUGUCCGGAGGCAAGCCGGCCCCAGUGGUGUAUUUCAAGCGUGACGGGGAACCAAUUGAGAUAUUCCACUACUUGCAGCCGACAGAGGCCGACGACAGUCGGGGCACGGCUGGCAUGCGAGGGGUGAGGCCCCUGAUCAGCCGUGACCUGGACGACACCAAACUGCAGAAGUCGCGGACCCUGCUGCACCAGGACGGCAGGCCGGCCCGGCUGUACACGGAGAGUCCCGGGAGAGGCCGCACCCCUGGGGCUGCCGGGCACGAGGCCAGCCCCGCCACAGAGGUCAUCCCGGAGACGGUGGUGUCCCGCGAGUUCCCCCGCUGGGCCCUGAGCACAGACCCGCUGUACUACUUCUCGGCCAGGCAGGUACCGCAGAGCGACGGCUCUGUGGAGGUGCAGGCGCGGAUCACUUGGGCACUCAACCCCCAGCUGGACAACGACGCCCUCUUCAGCUGUGAGGUUAAGCACCCUGCCCUCACCAUGCCCAUGGUGACAGAAAUCACACUUGCGGCCCCUAAAGGCCCCAAGUUGCUGAUGACCCCCACUCGGGCAAAAGUGGGGGACACCGUUCGCAUCAGCGUUCAAGGUUUCCAGAACGAGGUAUUCCCCGAGCCCAUGUUCACGUGGACGCGUGUAGGGGGGCGUCUGCUGGAUGGCAGCGACAAGCGAGACGGCAAGGAGCUAGUUCUGGAGCGGGUGCCGGCGGAGCUCAACGGCUCCAUGUACCGGUGCACGGCCCAGAAUCCCCUGGGCUCCACGGACACUCACACACGCCUCAUCGUUUUUGAGAACCCGAGCAUGAUGAAAAACACCCAGAACCAGAACAAUGCAGCAGCCCGGGUGGAUGCACUGGGACUGAUGGUGACUGCGCUGAUUUUCACAGUGGCCGCCGAGCUGACGUGAGUCCCCAAGGCCAGACCGCUCCAUCCCAAGCCUUCUUCAGUCACCCCCCCCACCCCACACCCUCCCGCCCACUUUGCUCGGCUCCGCCCCUCGAGCCCGCCCCUUCCUGUCUGCCAGGAAGUGGCGCCGUCGCCAGAGAGCGCUCAACUUCCUUUUUGUAAAUCAUCAGAAGAAGAAACAUACAGAAGGAAAAAAGAAAUCUUCAAUUAAAGGACCUUCCCUACUGUGUAUGUCUUCUUGUCCCACCUCUGCCUGUACAUCAGUAAAAACAAAUGUUGUUUAAAAAAAGGAAAUGGGGAAAAAAAAAACAUCCUUCUUUUAAUUUAUUUGAACACGAUGACAUUUGUCUUGUACAGCCCUCUUAAAAGAAGUCGUGUGGGCAGGCCCACCAUACGACCGACCCCCCCAGCCCCAGACACACCCCCAUUUCGUCUUGUGUACUCUAUGCAGAAACCGUUAUCAGUAGGAAUACGUUUAAGAAUAUCGUUCUGGUCCUAUGCUCUUGUUAUCUGUUUUCCUUUUUUUUAACUGACUCUAGGUUGGAAUGUACAAGCGGACUUUGCUCUAAGCACUACGAACUGGUGUAUUCUCCCAGAUAGAAAACACAGGACUCUCCCUUUCUAAAUGUAUUUUUGUGUACAUCCCUGUAAAUAAUAAAAUGAUAAAGAAUAAUAAUUAUAAUAAUAAUAACUCUAAGAGGAGGGGUGUUGUUGGAAUGCAAGGAAGACAAGCUGACUUUGCCAAUGUUAAUGGCAUUUUCCGCGCUUGUCCAUUCCCAGGGCGAUUUUCAGAGGGCCACCGUAAGCCAAGAAGAGGCCUUUAAAAAUGGCCGCAGUUAUUCUUUCAUGGGGCAAAGCGUGUUUGGUGCACCCCUGUCUGCUUUCGCGGGUUUCCCCCUGUUUGUGCGCUCCGUUGUUAUUUUUUUCCGGAACUUUCCGUUUCCACCGCAUCCCUGCUUUUUGGGUCAUGUUGCCGAGCAGCACAGCCUGCGGAGCCAGGAUCUCCAUUCAUAUGGUUUCACGUGUUUUAACCUCAUGUCAUGUCUGUUUGGUGGGUUUAACCAAGGUGGAAAUAAAGGCGAUGUUUUUAACGGAUCUGGGCUGUGUUGAAUGAGCCAGUCUCCCUCCUCCACAUCCUUCUCGGUGUUACCACAGCAGCACGGUUCCAUAAUCCAAGAUCGUCUACUAUUUUAUCUAAUAUUUUAGUAAUCAUUUGUGCACAGGACAUAACCCAUUGGUACAAUGGUGGCAGGGUCGUGUUAGUGGCUUUCCAUGUUAGCACACCAUGUUUAGGUUGGUACAGUCUGCUCCCCCCCCCCAUGUUAAAACAUUUGAAUGGAGAAAAUAAAAAUGACGGGACUGUGGUUUGGGUUCUGAUUGUACAGUGGUGACUUUUGAAAAAGCACUUAAGGUUACCAAAAUGCUUCGUGAUACGGGGGGGUACUGACAUUUAACACCCAGCAGGGAAGUAAAAGAUGAAAAGCCUUUUUUAUGAGAGAAGUGAACUGAAAACUUUAAUCACCUGUAAAAUCAUGUACAACUCUUACAAAUCAGCCACCUGUGAAUGGUCCCAUCGACUUGAAUGUGUUAUUAGCUCAGAGUAUGAGACAUGUUUUAAAAUAUUACAUAAUACAUUUGUGUUAUUCCAUUGUAAUGUAUGUCUGAUGUUGCAUAGCUCACUUGAUAUUCCGGUCUGGUCUUGUUGCUUGCUCGGUUAAGACUUGUUUUCCUAAGACCCUGUGCAGGACCUACAGAUUAGAGUGAUGUAUUCAAUUUAAAACUGCUAAAUUAAACCUGAACCCAAAUCCAGUCCGGUUUCGGAUCACAGAAGUUAACUAACCAUGUCAUACAGAUGGUUAUAGAGCCUAAAUUUCAUGUACAUAUUGGGUAACAUAACAACAAGUGCCUUGUAGGUUUCCCCUAAUAAAGUCUUGACCGCA